AUGCCGAAUCCCGGGGAGCACAUCGCCAUCAACGAAGUUACGGCUACAGCAGAAAUGAAAAAGUCCGUGACCGGAGAAACCGUAAUUGUAUUUGAUCCCCCAUACGCUAUGGUUCUCUUUGCAGAAGGAAUAAACAGGCGCAACCCCGAGCUCAAAUUUCCCGAAAAUGAGCCCGCGGGCGACUGGUUGGUGACAUACAACCUCAACAAGUCCUUGACGACGAGGGGGCGCGCACACCAAUGCCAUCGGCAUAUGCCACCCGAGCUGCUGGAGGAAGGUCGACGAACCAAAGGAGGAUGGAGAGACGGACGCCAGCUACUUUCAGAGGAUGGACAAAUUGCAUUGGGGUCUGAUUAG